ACACAAAAAUACGUUUUCUAUUUUUAAGAAGCAUACAUAAAUAUUUAUUUUAGUAAAACGUGAUGGAAAAAUAUGAGCCGACUUCCCCACUCAUACACGCCUACUGUCACUUUAAAUAAAGUAGGUGGGGCCAGGUGUCGCUUAACCAAUGAGCGUCCUUUGCCGGGUUUAAAUAGCUCUGUGUGUCAAUCAUAAGCCCCUCCCCCUCCCGUCUCAGUCCCCACCACUGCUCUGCUCCUCAAUCGCCAUAUUGGGUGCUGAGGUUUCUCUGCAGUUUCUCUCUGAGCGGAGCGAAACUGACAGCGUCCUCAGUUCCUGUGCACUUUGUUUUGAUGAUUCUCGGAGACCAUCUUCGACUCCAGAGCCCCGCAGCAGUUAACGUCUUCCACUUCGACGUAUGCAUGGCAUAGGUGUAGAGCUGCGUCGGAUCUUUCCCCCGUGACCUGGAGAUACCGCUGUUGUUGUUUUUUAUUUGUAUUUUUUUUUCAGCGACGUGUUUUUCUUAUGACAGCUGGACGCUCCCGGCUGACUGAAAAUAGCGUGUUUAUUGGGGGGAGGGGAAAUGUCUAAUGUUCGAGUUUCAAACGGGAGUCCGACGUUGGAGCGGACGGAGGCCCGGGUGUCGGAGCACCCGAAGCCGUCUGCCUGCAGAAGUCUGUUCGGCCCGGUGGAUCACGAAGAGUUAAAGAAGGAUUUUAACGAACACAUGCGGGAGUUCAAAGAGGCUGCCGCUGCCAAGUGGGGCUUCGACUUCGCCAGUGACACGCCACUGAGCAACGGCAGGUUCAAAUGGGAACUAGUGGAUUCCGAGGAGAUGCCGGACUUCUACCACCGGCAGCCGCGGAGGGAGAAGGGCGUCUGCCCCAGGAGCACCAGUGUGGAUCUAAACGGGAACCAUAACUGCGUCCUGGUGGCGUCGAGCGGGGAUACCAGCAAGCCCGACGGUCAAACGGAGUGCACCGGGCUGAGGAAGAGACCUGCUAGUCACGAGCCUCCGACCCAAAACAAGAGGUCCCAUACCAGCCCAGACGAGGUUAGCUGUCCGAACCUGAGCCACUCAGUAGAACACACACCCAGAAAGCCCAGUCCCAAGAGACAGACGUGAGCCCGAGAGAAAACGUUCGAGCAUUUUUUUUUUUGCGAGGGUGUUGUUUUUUAUAUGCAUCUUUUAUUUUAUUUUUUUGGAGGCCUGACUGUUUGUUGGCUUUUUGGGGAUGAGGAUCUGCGCAGCAUCAGAAACAUAUCGGCUCUUCUGAGGACUGAGGAGGACGCUGUUGAAGCACUGAAUAGAAACACUAAAGUUGUGGCACUCAAUUAAAAAUAAGUUACUGCCUCUAACAGCAGUCGAUGUAGCAGUGUGCAAUUAGGUUUUAUUUCCCUUUUUUGCUCGUUUUGUUACUACCUGUGUGUAAAUAAAUUAAUAAAGAUGGAUAUAUAUAUAUAUAGGUAUAAAUAUGUCUCCAUGUGUAGCACAUAAGGAACUUAAUUCUAAAUCCAAUCCUUUUUGUAAAAAGUUGUGAAUUUUCAUUUGACUUGAAGAAUUGCAGUGAUGGUUUCCAAAAUGCUGUUUUUUAUUUUUAUUUCCAGACUGUGUGACAUUUGCCACUGUCCUUAAUUGCUACACUUAAAAAGAAAAAAUCAUGGCUUCUCACCGUUUCUGUAGUGUUCCUUCACUCCGUCAGCUUCCUAAUGCAGCAGUGAAGAAUGGUACAAAUGUAGCUCACGUAUCGUAAUUUAAUUUGUUUUUUCAUUUAUUACAGCGCCUCCCUGCAAAGGGCUGGACUCGUCUAAACGACGAGGAGAUGUAAAAAUUCUGUUAAGAUUUUCUGAUAUUUAUUUUUUAAUCGAGGUGCUUUUAGCAUCAGAGUCCUGGAAUAUUAUGAAACAAUUUUUUUGAAGUUUUUCUGUGCGCCUCAGCUACGUUUUAAUGUUCGAGUGUUUCCUUUGAGCUGUGAGGUACUCGGCUUUGAAGAACAAGAAUCAACGUUUUGCUUUCCUUCUGCCCCUAAACCUUAAUCUUCUAAAAGGAAAAAGUCUCGUGGUUUGUUUUUUAGUUUCCAGCCUCUUAUUUGACUUCACAGGGAGCUUCUUUGUGAUCACAUGAAUGCUUGUACUCACCCCGUCAUUGUCAGCCUGCUGAGGAUGCACCAGAAACAUGCUCAUUGCAGACAGGCUGUCUGUAUAUUUGUGUAAAAUCUUUGCAAUGUACCUUUGUACAUAAUUUGUUAAAAACAAAACAAACAUGCAAAAAAACACUGAGAAAUUAUACUAACUUAUUUAUGUUAAGCCUUUUAUGUAGGAUAUUAAAAGUGGGUUCUUGAUUACGGUUAUCCAAAGUGGCAUUUGCUAAAAUUUUUCUAUUUUGCAAAAACAUUUUAUUUUGUAGGAUUUUUUUUUUCUUUGUCAAUGAGGUUGCAAACUGAGCCUGAUAAAUAUUGGAUGUUUUUUUUUUUUUUUUGUAAUGUGAUAAAAUUGUGUUGCAAUCAAUUAAAAGAGAAAAUUAAAUCUGA